UGAAAAAACAUAUAAAUAGGUUUUAUUAUCUGCAUUGUAGUUUGGGCACAAGAUUUAUUAUUGUUUACUUGAUCGUUUUCCGUUCCCUGUAAAUAUUGGCCAAUGAUAGCGCUUGUGCAUCAGGGGGCGGAGCUACGCUGAAUCGUAACAAUUAACCAGGUGCUGGUACGUGCGCGGGCUGGUUAUGGAAAGAUGGUGCGGAGUGUGACGCAUGUAUUAGAAGCCAAAGAUAGUGAUGCUGAGGUGCUGGCCUGGCUCAAUCACACGUUGCAGUCUGGAUUCAACACUGUGGAGCAAACAUGCUCAGGUGCUGCCUUCUGCCAGUUAAUGGACGUGCUUUACCCUGGCUGUAUUGACUUACAAAAUGUAAAGUUCAGAAUAGAGGAUAAAAUGGAUAUAUUCAAUAAUUACAAGAUACUUGAAGGUACCUUCAUCAAGACUUCCAUCAAUAAAACAUUGGAGAUUGAAAAGUUGGUCAACGGCAAUUCCACAGAUGCCUUAAAUCUACUGAGGUGGUUCAAAGUGUUUUUUGAACACAAUUUUUCAGGACGUAGUUACAAUCCUAUAGAGGCUCGAGGUGGAAAAAUUCUGGAACCCUGUGUCCCUAAGAAACCAAACUCUCUUGUGCAGCUGGACAAUUCAGCACUUCCAGGCAGGAUUAGUGAAAAUGCUGACAUGGAGAGAAAAGUUCCGGAUUCUUUUUACUCCAGCCGGGUGUUGUGUUUUAUCAGGAAAUACUGUCCAUCUGUCUCAGCCAGCACUGACCCAUAUAUUACAUGUUGCAAAGCCAAGCAAGUGCUGGGUCUAAAAUACCCAAAAGACAUUGCAGCUUUUUGUAAGCAGGCCCCUUACUGUCUGUAUGUGUACCAUGAAGGGGAGAAAUCAUACGUGGUCUUGAUUGGGUAUUUCGACCAGACUGCUGGAGAGACCAAAGUGAGGCUGCUUGAUGUUAUUGAGGAGACACGUGCUGCCUUAAUGACCUGUCUUGUGGAGACUCUUAAAAAGUUUGAGAUCAGUCCAGCCAACCUUGCAACAUUUUAUUCCAAUGCACCUAAUCUUACAGAGUUGAUUUCAGGCCUGAAAGCAUUGAAUCCAGGCACUAUUUUUCUGUGCAGCCUUACAAAUGUUCUAGAACAAGCAUGUCAUGGAGGAAUUACAGCAAUGGAGCUUUCAGAACAGAUCCAGGAUCUGAUUAAGGAAGUCCACCGACACUACCCUUCCCUACCAGACUUUCUAAAGGAACAGCUUAAUAAUAUGGCAGACUUCAGUCUCACCCCUUCUUUGAUGUCUCAUUGUCUCAGCCUCAGAACAACAAUUUAUGGAAUGACCCUAGCGUGGUCAGACUUGCUGCAAUACUUUAAUUCCGAAAGUGCCAAGAGUGAAAUAAAUAAGCAUAUUUGUUCCCUCUUGAGUGAUGAGACAUUAAGGCUAAGUUUUCUGUUUCUGAGCCAUGCCUUGCAGCCUCUCUGCCGAUUUCAGGAGAGCUUGGAAUGUGGUAAAGAUGUGAGAACAUUGCUCCAAGAUGCCUGGAGUUUAGUUCAUAUUUACACAUGUAGCUUUCUCACUCCUAAAGCUGUGGAACGCUUCCUCAGGAGAGGUAACUUGGGAUCCCAUCUACCAAGAGACAAGGUGAAGGUUGGUGAAGAGGUGAUGGGAUACCUAAGUCAAAAUAACACCGAGCUAACUGGUGCCAGAGAACUCUUCUACAAGCGUGCUGUUUCAUUCUACACAGCAGUCAGUUGCAGUAUUUUUAAGAAUUUACCCAUUCCUGAUGCUGCUCUGAGAACUAUAGACACUCUCUUAAGCCCAGAAGGCAAGCUGGAAGUCACCGCAAAGGCUGUGUCUGAUUUAGCUGUCCACUUUGGUCUUUGUGCUUGUGGAGAAGAUGUCAGUUUGUUAACUGAUGAGUUUCUUGAAUAUCAGUUUGCUGAACAGGAAGAUGUACUCGUAGGUUCAGCUGUACAGACACUGGAACACUACUGGAAGUCUGAGCUGAGGAUUAUGGGAAAGAUAUCUCUCUUUCGAAAGCUGAUCUUAUGCCUGUUGGCCUUGCCUAAGACACUGAGAAUGGAAAGGAUUUUUGCACAAAUGUUUGAGGGUGCCGAUCACUGCACAGAUAGUGAUGAGAGAGAGGAAAAAAUGGAGUGUUCUGAUGCCAUAGACAUGGUACAUGAUAAUGAUGAUGGGGAUGUUACAGACACCAGCUCUUACAAAAGUGCCCCUUCUCACCCCCCUAGCCCCGAGACUCAAGAGUGUUCAACAUUAGAGGUUAUUGAUCUGACUGAAGAAGAGGAUGAUAUUUUAAUGGUGAUGAAUGCCAGCUCCUCUGGUCCAGACGUGGAAAUUAAACAGGGAAACCCAGCGAAAGACAUUUCAGUACCAAUAAUUAUAGAUGAUGAUGAUGACAUGGAUGAUGUGAUGAGGACUAAUACGUUGUAUCCAGAGAAAAAACACAAUAGUUCCUUAGCUCCUAAUAAUGAAAUGGAGAAUUCAUACCAGGAUGGGAAGCCAUUCGCAGCAGGGGAGAUGGUAUGGGGACGGGUGAAAGGCUUUGUGCUGAUUCCUGGGUUGGUGUACAGAUGGACAGAUGGAAAACCCAAACGACACAUACGCAAGGUGGUGUGGUUUGGAGAUGGUAUUGUCUCUAAGGUUCAUCCAGAUGAUCUGCUGCCUUACUUUGUAUUUGCACAGUGUUUCUGCCCUGAUUUCUUUGCUUUGGAGACGACGUACAAAGAUGCCAUCUUUCAUUCUUUGCAGGUGGCUGCUGAGCGUGCUGGAAAAGUCUUUUCUCUCAGGUCAGACUCUAAGGAUGACCUGAUUAAAGCAAUGUUGGACUGGGCCAUUGGAGGUUUUAAACCAUCUGGACCAAAUGGACUCAAACCACGAUCAAGAGAAGAUGAAUGCCUUAAAAUGUUGGAUCAGAACUUGCAAAAAUGUAUUGAAAUCCCUCAGACUAAAGAGCAAUUAGUAAAGUUAUACAACUUAAAAGAAGUGUCCGUAUGCUUGAAGAGACUGUCUGUGAAACUGCAGAAUGGCCGGUUGGUCCUGAAGGAUAACAACCUGAGUAAAAAGCUUUCACAUCCAAAAUCAGAAAAGUCUUCCUUAAAAAAAGACAAUCAGCCAGCUUCCAGUAAACAGAAAAGUGUUCCUAAGAAUGAGGCAAGUACCAGAAGCUCGGCUGGUCAAGACAAGGAAUACUAUUACAGAUAUCAAAUGGCACAGAAGGUUUUGGUGAAAGGGAAAAGUAUUGAAGAUUUCUGCUUAUCGUGUGGAUCUGCACAAAUCGAGAUCUUCCAUCCACUAUUUGAAGGGAGUCUGUGCUUGAAAUGCAAGGAUAAUUUCACAGAGACAUUAUAUCGAUACGAUGAAGAUGGAUAUCAGUCAUAUUGCACUGUAUGCUGUGCUGGGCAGGAAGUCAUUCUGUGUGGACAUCACAGCUGUUCCCGCUCCUACUGUGUUGACUGUUUGGAUAUCCUGAUUGGUGAAGGCACAUUUAAUCAACUCAAAGACUUGGACCCUUGGAUCUGUUACAUGUGUGCACCAGAGAAAAGCUCUGGGGCUUUGAGACCAAGACAUGAUUGGAGUAUUCGUGUCCAGGAAUUCUUUGCCGCCAACAACAAAGCCAUGGAAUUUGAAUUACAUCGAGUUUACCCAUCAAUCCCCGCCAAACAGCGACGUCCAAUCAGGGUCCUCUCCUUAUUUGAUGGUAUCUCUACAGGAUACCUGGUACUAAAGGAUCUGGGCUUCAAAGUGGAAGCAUAUGUUGCAUCAGAAAUAGAUGAGGAGUCUAUCACCAUCUCAGUGGUGAACCAUAGUGGAAAAAUCACCCAUGUGAACGACGUGCGUGGAAUUACCCAGGAGCACAUUGAAAAAUGGGGUCCAUUUGACCUUCUUAUUGGUGGCAGCCCAUGUAACGACUUGUCCAUAGUAAAUCCAGCACGGAAAGGCUUGUUUGAGGGCACAGGACGGCUUUUCUUUGAGUAUUACCGGCUGCUGAACAUCAUGAAGCCCAAGGACGAUGACCCUCGACCGUUCUUCUGGCUUUUUGAGAACGUUGUAUUCAUGAACACCAGGGACAAAGCUGAUAUCUGCCGUUUCCUGGAAUGUAACCCGGUGCUUGUUGAUGCAGUUAAAGUGAGCCCAGCCCACAGAGCACGGUAUUUCUGGGGUAAUCUGCCAGGCAUGAACAGACCAAUCAUCGCCUCCCAAAAUGACAAACUGACCCUCCAGGAAUGCCUUGAAGUUGGCCGCACUGCUAAGUAUGUCAAAGUAAGGACCAUCACCACACGCACAAACUCCAUUAAGCAGGGAAACAAUGACCAGCAUUUUCCCGUCUCCAUGAAUGGAAAGGACGACGGUUUAUGGAUCACAGAACUGGAGAAGAUUUUUGGAUUUCCAAAGCAUUACACAGAUGUGAAGAACAUGAAUCGCAUACAGAGACAGAAGGUGUUGGGUAAAUCUUGGAGUGUCCCAGUGAUCAGGCAUCUCUUUGCUCCACUGAAGGAUUACUUUGCUUGUGAAGAAGUGCCCCUAAAAUGAAGUUUUUACAUGACCUUCUCGAUCUCUUAAUGUUAUUUACUCUCAGGAAUGUUUUAAGUAAUUUUGCUUGCUCUUUUGUUGUUAUUGUUUUUUUUUAAAGUGAUUUAUUAAUUUUACUGAAUGUAUGGUUACCUCAUGAUGAUUGCAGACAUUAUUAAUCAAAGUAUUCUAAAUGUGAUUGGGGAAGGUGGGUUUUAGUCA